CUGUGGGAUCAGCCAUUUGUGUGCCAGUGUCUGUUUGUCUACCACAGUGCAGUUCUGAGGAGUGAGAAGAUGCUCAUCAGGUGGAAUGAAGGCCAGUUGGAGCACUGGAGGCCAGUUCUCUCCAGAAAAGGGUUAUGAUGUGGAAAAGGCUGUUCAGAAGUCUGAUGAAAGCCAAGUAGAUGGUGGACAAGGAAGCCUGCCUGGAACUAGAAAAAUCUAUGAGUUCUACAAUGCACCAAUUGUCAAGUUCUGGUUUCACACGAUGUCGUACUUGGCAUUCCUCAUGCUCUUUACUUACACUGUGUUGGUGAAGAUGGAACCAAGACCAAGCGUGCAAGAGUGGCUUGUCAUAAUUUAUAUUUUCACUACUGCUAUUGAAAAAGUCAGGGAGGUAUUUAUCUCAGAACCCGCAAAAUUCUGCCAGAAGGUGAAGGUGUGGAUUUAUGAAUACUGGAAUUUUACUGAUUCUGUAGCUAUCAUCCUGUUUAUGAUUGGUUUCGGUUUGCGCUGGUCCAAGCCACCUGUUCAAACUGCAGGCAGGCUCCUUUACUGCUUGGAUAUUAUAUUUUGGUAUACUCGGCUCCUUGAUCUUUUUGCUGUGAAUCAGCAUGCUGGCCCAUACCUGACAAUGAUAGGGAAAAUGACAGGAAAUAUGUUCUAUAUUGUGAUCAUGAUGGCCAUAGUCCUGCUGAGUUUUGGGGUGUCACGAAAGGCAAUUCUUUCACCAGAAGAGCCUCCUUCUUGGACACUGGCAAGAGAUAUUGUAUUUCAGCCCUACUGGAUGAUGUUUGGUGAGGUCUAUGCUGGAGAAAUAGAUGUUUGUGAAACCAGUGAAGACUGUCCUCCUGGCUCCUUUCUCACACCGUUCCUGCAAGCUGUCUACCUCUUUGUGCAGUACAUCAUCAUGGUCAACUUGCUCAUUGCAUUCUUUAAUAAUGUUUAUUUUGAUCUGAAAUCCAUAUCGAACAAGCUCUGGAAGUACAACCGCUACCGCUACAUCAUGACCUACCAUGAGAAGCCAUGGCUGCCUCCACCAUUCAUCCUCCUGAGUCACAUUGGGCUCCUGAUAAAAUGCAUCUUCCACCACCAGCCCCCAAAUGAGUUGGACCAAGAGGAAGGCGAUGUUGGACUAAAGCUUUACCUGAGUGAUGAGGAGCUAAAGAAGCUCCAUGACUUUGAAGAGCAGUGUGUAGAAGAAUAUUUUCAUGAAAAAAAUGAAAACCUGAGUUCCAGUGGCAGUGAAAGGAUCCGUUUGACCACAGAAAGAGUGGAAGAGAUGUUUCAACAACUUAAAGAGGUGCAUGAGAAGGUGUUUUAUAUCAAGGAGUCUUUACUCUCCCUGGACAGCCAGCUAGGACAUUUACAAGACCUCUCUGCCCUGACAGUGGAUAUCCUGAAAGUGCUUUCUGCUGUAGAUACCUUGAAGGUGGAAGAAGCCUUAUUGGCUGACACAAAACAUAAAACCUGUAGGAAGCUGCCCCAUAGCUGGAGCAAUGCAUUCUAUUCCAAGACCUUGAGCAGCCUGGAGGGCUUGUGUGACAAGAAAUACCGCUAUUACAGCAUGCCACCCUCCCUCUUACGGAGCCUGGUGAGGACUCAGUCUCCGUCAGAGUGCAAACUCUUCAAGUCUGGGAGUAAUGAGGUGGUAGAAGACAGCUCUCAAAAGGCAGAAAUAGAAACAGAUACACUCACCUCUGGAGUAUCCUCUGAGACCAAGUCAAGUCCUAGGUAUGGGCAGUUCUUGCUAGUGCCCCCCAACCAUCAGGGAGGGUCUUUUUCUGAGGAUGUCACCUUAAAUUUGUCCUUUUUAAACACUGCUGCCAAGUACAAGGAUGAAACGUUCAGAGAUGACCUGCAAAGUAGCAUUGUGGUUCAGCAAAACUUGCCAGGUAUCAGCUUCCUUGGAAAAGAGACAGAAGGUUAUCAGUGGAGCCAGAGAGACUUUGUUAUUAAUUUGCCAGCAGAAAAGACUAAUGCUGCAGAAGCUCCUUGUCCUCUUGAUCUCCAACUACAGCUGGAUGUUGAAGGAAGUGCAGCAUGCCCCUGCAAUGACAGGGAAGAAACUGAAGGUGGCUAUGUGAACUGGGGAUUCUCUGAAGGUGAUGAAAAAGGAGUUUUCAUCUCAGAUUCAAAGAAGAAAGCUCUGUACCUACAUUCCUCCUAUGACAGGGAGAACAAUUGCCAGAAUAUACCUGCCAGGCAUGUCCAGUUAAGUGAUUCAAAGUCCUUCUCCUACAGCUCUGUCAAGUCAUGUCCCAGCAGCAGCAGCAUCUCUCAGAACAAGCUGAAGCAAAGCAUCUCCUUCUGGAUCAGCCCUCUCUGGAGGGACUGGAGUUUCUGCAGAAGCAACAGCUUACCAUCCUCUAAGAAAGAGAGACCAGGGAAAAUCUGCAAGGCUAUAGGCGAAUCUUUAGGAUCCUGGGAGCUACACCACAGUGGGGCAGCAAAAACAAAACACCAAAACAGGGACAGAAAGUCUGGGAGAAGAAAGAGGAAUCAAAAACCUCUUCAGGUGCCGGUGAUUAGAGUGGAUGAUUGUCCCCAGAACACUCAAGUGAACUCAGAGCCUGCAGAGAUCAAUGCCUGGGAUGAGCAAGAGAGACACAGCAAGAAUUGGCUCACUGUCUCUAAUUUCAGUCAGCUAAGUUUGGAACGUCUCCAUUACAAACACCAGAAAAUUAAAAAUCCAGAUGUUGGUAGGCAUACCAUACCAUUUUGUGAUUACCUGAGGCAUUCUCAGGAGGAUUUCAGUAAUAGCAUAUUUGGAAACACCAAGAAAAGUAAUCUGAACAGGAACUCCUUAUUGAGAAAUCCAGAGGAAACUGACAAUAUCUUCUCCAGCUUGAAAACAUCUCAAGACUUGCAUCUUCACUACUCAGGUGCUUCUAACCCUGACAAGACAGAAAAAGAGGGCAUUUGUGGUCAAGGCAUCUCAUCAGCGCAGUCUGUUGAAAGGAACAACUUAAUGAGACUUGCUCAGACAAUACCAUUUACACCAGUCCAACUCUUUGCUGGAGAGGAAGUGACAGUCUAUCAGCUAGAGGAAAGUUCACCUAUGAAUCUUGAUAAAAGCAUGUCUUCCUGGUCCCAGUGUGGCACAACUGCAAUGAUCCAAGUCCUGUCACGGGAGGAGAUGGAUGGGGGUCUGCGGAGGGCCAUGAAGGUCAUUUGUACUUGGUCUGAGAGUGAUGCAUUAAAGUUGGGACAAGUAUUUAUUGUGAAGUCUUUCCUGCCAGAGGUGGUUCAAACUUGGCAAAAGAUCUUUCACCAUGGCACAGUAUUACAUCUCUGUCUGAGGGAAAUUCAACAGCAAAGGGUUGCCCAGAAGUUAAUCUAUACCUUCAACCAAGUGAAGCCUCAUACUAUUCCCUAUACUCCAAGGUUCCUGGAAGUUUUCCUCAUCUACUGCCAUUCUGCAAACCAGUGGCUGACCAUUGAGAAGUACAUGACUGGUGAAUUUCGGAAGUACAACAACAACAAUGGAGAUGAGAUUACCCCCAUCAGCUUGCUGGAAGAGCUGAUGCUGGCCUUCUCUCACUGGACCUAUGUCUACACCCGUGGGGAGCUCCUUGUCCUGGAUUUGCAAGGUGUUGGGGAAAACCUUACAGAUCCAUCUGUGAUUAAACCUGAAGACAAAAAGUCUGGAAAGAUGGUAUUUGGACCAGCAAAUCUCGGAGAAGAUGCAAUAAGAAACUUCAUUGCAAAGCAUCGUUGUAAUUCUUGCUGCAGAAAGCUGAAACUUCCCGAUUUGAGAAGAAGCAACUACAGGUUGGAAACUGCCGGUCCAGCCUUUGGAAUAGAAAUGGAAACAAGCACCAAAGAAGCUGAUGAUGCAGAUGAACCUUCUGAGUACGACACACAGCUGUGAAGCAGAGAGCCCAUGUGUUUGCAUGCUUCAAACUUAUGCUUGAAGUCCCUUAUCACUGCCAAGGCUUUGGCCAAAAUCACAGAAUGAAGGUGACUGAGUGCAGCUACGCUGGCUAGACUCUAUAAACAAGGAAUGAAAAAAAAUCAGCUUUAUUUACUCCCUUUCCAUGAUCUUGUGCUGGCCUUUCUUAUACAGAUUAGUGAAUUCCAGGAGCAGGUCAUGCCUCACCUGGAUGAACUGUCCCAUCAGUGCCUUUCUUAUUAUAAUGUGGAUCAUGGUUCCAGAUUGCAUUUUCUUAAGAAAAUAACUGUGACAAGUUUAUUUCCAAGUGGUAAUAAUUUUUGUUUCUACUUCUGCUCUUUAGUAAAUAAAUGAAUGCAUACACAUACAAAUUAGUUUUCAGUGAGAACCCACUCAGCCCUGUGCUCACUUUUUUUGAGAGUAAAAGGCUCUCCAGGAAAUUGCAGAGAUACUACUUUCUCUUUAUUACAGAUUUUGAUGCAGACACAAACCAAGAAUAGAUGACUAAUGAAUUUUUGGUUUAAAAAGUAGUCAUGACAGACUGAAAAAAUUCGUGGGAUCUUUGUCUUCAGUUCUUUUCACAUACCAAGAAAAGCUGCACAAUGAAGUGGCAGAUUAUUGGACCCACAAACAUCAAUUUUCCUCAUUUUGAGUUAAUGAAGUUGAAUUUUCUGUGGUCUUUAAUACAAACAUCUAGAAUGUCAUUUGGCUUUUAGGACUUGCCUGUCUUUAUAAUAUUUUAGCUUCUGAAUGUUUUAAAAUUGCACUUGGAAAGAAUGGUGUUAGAAAUCACAAGGAAUAGUUUGUUCCACUUGGUGUUUGACUUGCCAGUGUCAGGAUGAAUGUAGGACUGUUGCCUAACAGUGGUGCAAUUAUAUUAGGCAGCAUCCACAUUUGCUUCUGUUGAUGUCCUCUGAUCACUGUUGAAGUUCAGAAAACAGAAAAAUCAAUCUGUGCAAUAUGAUUUUUAUUGAGUAAAGGCUAAAAAGAAGUUUUCAGCAGAAGUAUUUCUAACACAACUGGUGUUCCAAUACAGGUCACACCAUUAAAGCAACUUUGAUGUUGAGUAAAAAAAUCUGACUUUCAAAUGUCAGUCAUUAGGAAACUUUAUACUUGAAUAAAAAAAACAAAUAAUAUUUCCACUACAGCUGACAGUAAAUUUUAAGGUGUAAGGGGGAUUUUUAUUAUGAUUUGUGAUUUAUUUGCUAUAUUUAGUAAGUGUCUACAUAUACAGAGGAUUUGGUAGUUACAUGUUCCCAGUUUUUAUAUUGAUUAUGAUUAUGAUGUUGAAGUAAUCAGCAUUGUAAACAGUCAUUGAAGUAAUCAUCUACACAAUGUUUAUCUGAGAUGCCUCCAGUUUCUGAGAACAUUCAGAAGAGGUUAUUACCAGGUUUUCUUCUUUUUAACAUGAUUUGAUUUUCAUCAUUCCCCCAUUUUUCCCCACCAGAUUACACUUCUCAUUUUGCAAAAUACACAGUUUCCUUUGGUUCUUUAUUUUUGGAAGCAAGUCAAUAUACCAGAAAACUUAGCUUGUCUGUGAAAGAGGUAGUUUGAUUGCACCUCUGCAGACUGAGGGUGAAUUUUGGUCCAUAUGCCUGUAAGAAAGGCACUGAUGGGACAGUUCAUCCAGGUGAGGCAUGACCUGCUCCUGGAAUUCACUAAUCUGUAUAAGAAAGUAGUUCUGCUUCCUGUGGUUAUCAUUUUAAAAUCUGACUUUAGGGAGAUAUGUGCUUACAUGAAUACAAAUAUGAUUUAAAGAAAGCUCUUUCUCUCAAGGAUCUCUAACUAUUUGUAUUCCUUUAAACUCAGUUAAGUUAAAUUACACAAAAAUAUGACUUUAGAGUCAAAGACAGUGCAACUCCUGCCCUGAUACUGUUGUUUUCCUCAAAUGUUGCCAUAAAUUCAGAACACAUAUAUAUUAUGCACAAAAAAUAAACUCUAGACCAGGCUGGGUCUGAGAACUUUUCAUUUCUUUGCAAGUUUUGAAGGUAGGCAAAAAUCAUUCUUCAGAUGACCUCUUCUUGAUAUUGCUCCUGUUGCCUGCAAGAGUGGGUGCCUCCUACAUGCACAGCAACUCUUGUGAGAAUUCUUAUGAUGUAGAGCUAGCUCAGUGUAGAUUAACUUAAUUCCUUCUGGAAAGUAUCUGUCAAGCUAAAUACUGUAUUACAGUAUGAAAAUGGGGAUCCUUGCAAGAUACCUAUAUCUGUUGAAAUGUAGUUUAUUUAAUUUUGUAGUUAUUUAAUUUUGUUCAGUGUGAAAUAUUAAGUGGAUGAAACAAGAACAAUAGGCAUUUCAAAUUUUUCCACUGUAUAUUUUUAUUCUUGCACUAAUUUUUCUGUGCAUGGAGACAUUAAGUUGAAGAAAUCCAGUAACUGUGCUGGCUGAUAAAUUAUGCCUCACCUUUCUUUUUGGAUUUUUGGGAGGGCUGAUUCACAUUUCACUAAACUGUAAAUUUAAGUAUUUGAUUAAAGACCUUCCCUCUCUCCUUUUUCACAGUUCAGUAAUAAAUUAUAUUGAAAAUAAUUUAAAAAAUAUAUUUCUUUGAGAUCUUGGUAUCUUUCUUACUACAAAUUCUGUACAUUCUUUAAAUUGUCUUUUGGUUUCUAAAUACUGACUUUGGAUUGAAGCACAUGCCUACUGAACACAUGAAAAAAAUACCCCAACAGCCUUUAAUGGUACCCCAACAGCCUUUAAUGGGGUCAGCAGUAAGCCCCACUCACACUAAAACUGGGGUUCAUAUGAAAUGGAAGAUGUGAAAGUCAGGUUCCUCCUCCAACUGCUUGACAGCUAGAGAGGAAGAGGAAAUCAUGUGUGUCCAACCAAACCAUAGGGAUUUCUGAUUAUUAGCUUCAAUAUUUGCUUAUGCUGAAAAGCACAUACAGGGAUUUCUUUUAUAAUUCUGGUGGGUUCAGGAAAAAAAAAAAAAAAAGCCCUGUUUACUUUGUUAAAAUAAAUCAGGCAGUCAAGUUUUGAAAGAAUUUAGCAAAACAAAAAAUCCACCAGAGUAUUUAUAAGCUCACUUUUUAAUAUGAGCUUAAAAGAAGCUUACUUAGGAAUUCAGUUGGGAUUACUCACAGCAAAAUAUUUUUUUGGCAUCUGCUGCAUUGGAGAUGUAGCUUGAACAUAGGAAAAAUGUUCAGAAAUUGAAAACCUCAUACUCAGGAAAGCUUUUUCUAUUUCUUUUAUUCACAAUUGUGGUAUAUUUGGGGUUAUUCAUUUAUUGUUAGUGCAAUAAAAUCAGAAGGGAUAUUACACAUGUAUUUUCUAGAAAUGGAUUUGUAUUUGUUGUAGUUUCGUCAGUCUAUUUCAUAUUAUUUCCAAAGAAUAAAAGAACACUUUCACAAUGAUUCUGUUCUUGACAGGUGUAAAAUGAAAUAAGGUUUCUGAGCACUAAGGGAAACAGGUGAAAGUAACAUACAGAGAAUAAUGCAAUUAUCUUUAUUUUUAAUCUCAAAGUAAUAAACAUCUAUUUUAUAUUUA